CGUUGCGCUGUCGGUUGCGGUCGGCAAGACGUCAAAAUUCCGCGCCGCGUCGCAGCUCGCAGUACGAAUUCCGUCGUUGUGGUGUGCGAACCGUGGUAUCUCGUCUCUUAUAACCGGACAACUUUGUAUACUAUUAAAAGAGCGACAUGGCAGUCUCGCUUUCCACCGAGGACAAGUUGGAGUACCAUUUUUAUCCCGUGACAGCCGGACAGAUUCAGUUCCGGGUGAAGGCGUCCAACGAUGCUCACAUCGCUCUGACUACGGGACCUCAGGAGGGAGAUCCGAUGUACGAGGUUUUUAUCGGAGGAUGGAGCAACAGCAAGUCCGUCAUACGCAGGAAUAGAACCAAGCCGGAGAUGGCGGAAGUAGAAACACCUGACAUUCUCAGCGGCGACGAGUAUCGUGGUUUUUGGAUAAGAUGGAACGACGGCAUUCUCACGGUUGGCAAGGAAGGCGACUCGGCUCCAUUCCUGAGCUACGCCGAUCCAGAACCAUUCGGGAUCGGUUACUUCGGCGUCUGCACCGGCUGGGGUGCCACCGGUGAAUGGCUCAUCGAAGGUCGCAAACCCCUGAACACUCUUAACAAGCUAGAAUACAAGUUCCAUGCCGUGCGAAGCGGCUCGGUGCUGAUUGACGUGAAAGCCAAGAGCAACGGACAUAUCGCGCUGACUGACCGGAAGGGCGAGUCGAGUCCCAUGUACGAGAUCAUGCUCGGCGGGUGGGAAAACACGGCGUCGGUUAUUAGAUACGAUCGCAAACAGCCUGACAAGGUGCGCGUGGACACGCCGAAUCUGCUCAGCGAGCGCGAGCACAAGAGGUUCUUGAUUACUUGGCUCGAGGGCCUCGUCACGGUCAGAUCGGGCGGUCAGAGCGGUGCCAUCCUCAUGGAAUGGCGAGACCCGAAUCCCAUCGGCGUGAGCUAUGUGGGGGUGCGCACUGGUUGGGGCGCGACCGGAGAUUGGAAACUCCGUUUCGAACAAUAUCCCGCAGUUACAGAUCAGAAGAAACAUCCUAGCACGGCGCCGUCCGCACCGUUGGAAGUCCGUGGAGUCGACACGGGAAGCAUGUGCUGGUGCGAUGCCUCCGGCGGAAUGGUACCGCCUGACGCGGUCGAGGGUGGAAACGACGACGGGCCCUUGUUCGUCGGUAGGGCUCAUCACGAGGGUGCUCUCAUCCCCGGCAAGGUGAAGCCCAGCCACUCCGUCUGCUACGUUGCCUGGGGCGGUGAAGAGCACGGAAAGACUGAUUACCAAGUUCUUUGCGGCUGCAACCCUACGUGGGUGCCGACGAGCGGCAACAACAUCCCGCCGAACGCAAUUCCGGCUGGCGAGACUGAGGAUGGCGAGUCGCUGUUCGUUGGUCGCGUAUCCCACGAGGGCACUCUGACGAUCGGCAAAGUGCAGCCUUCUCACAGCGUAUGUUACAUACCUUUCGGCGGCUCCGAGGUUGCCUUUCCCGAGUACGAGAUCAUGGUCGGGCAAUAAACGGCGAGGAAAUUUUCCGACUCCGAAUGAAAAAUCGUCGACUUAUCGGCAGUCUUGCGAAGAAGACAUAGCUUCGAAGAAGACAGCUCUCAAUCAUGUUUAAUAUCGAUGCAAAAAAAAAAAAAUGAACGAAUAGACAGAAUCAAUGCGCAAAGACUUGUUUCGAAUUUGUCAAUUUUUUUUUUUUUUAAAUAAAAAUUUACGUAUUUAUUGGAAAAUAUGGAGAAGGAAUCUCAAGUGUGCAAACUAGUCUGUAGUUAUAUUAUAAGUCGAUAACAUUUACGCGAAGAAUGUUGUAAAACUGACCGAUAAGUCGGCGAUAUUAGCUGAAUGCACUAUCGUCUAUACGCAAGCGUCUGCUUUCGCACAGAAUAUAAUUGCGGCCGCACGUUAUAGGAAGAGAGAGAGCAAAUUAAACGGCAAUACAUAUAUAGCGCGGCUAUAAAUAUGUAUGUUUAUGCUAUAUGUAUUCUUGAUCGCGGUGCACCGGAUAUUGUCCGGAUAAAGUGUUAUUUUGCCGCUUUUACAUCGUGAGGGGUCGAAUCGUAGAUAUAUAUUUUUCAUGAGACAGCUAUCAUUUUUCCAACGCACAAUAUAUAUACUUUAAGCUUCUCAAAAAGUAUAUUUUUGGAGAUUCUGUAUUGCUAUGAUACAUAGAAAUUAAACAUAUAUCGAUAAAGAUAUUAAAAGGA